UAUAUUUUCGAUCAUUUGUAGCAAGUGAUUCAAAUCAAGAUUACAAGAUUACAAUGGUGCUGUCUAUGGAUCGUUGGGUGGGCAAAGUGGCCGUAGUCACGGGUGCUAGUUCUGGUAUUGGGGCUGCUAUUGCAGAGGAGUUGGUGAAACAGGGAGUUAAGGUUGUCGGGUUAGCUCGAAGACUAGAUCGCAUGGAGGCAUUAGCCAAAAAACUUUCUGGAAAAAAAGGCAAACUAUACCCUUUAAAAACAGACAUAAGCAAAGAAGAAGACAUUCUAAACGCCUUCAAAUGGGUCAAGGAAAACUUAGGCCCGGUCCACAUCCUCAUCAACAACGCUGGAAUAGUUGGACAGACAAAUCUUACAGAUGGAGACACUGAGGUUUGGAAAAACAUUUUUAAUGUUAAUGUCCUCGGUUUGUGCAUAGCUACGAGGGAAGCCAUAAGAGAUAUGAAGGCGAACAACGUAAACGGACACAUAAUCCACAUCAACAGUAUCGCAGGCCACCAAGUGAUCGAUUUUCCGGGAUUAAAUGUGUAUCCUGCCAGCAAAUUCGCUGUGACUGCCCUAGCGGAAACUUUGCGAUUGGAACUCCUUAAUAUGAAGUCGAAAAUAAAAAUUACGAACCUCAGUCCAGGCCCAGUGGCUACGGAAAUAGGACAAGAUAAUAAUAUGAAGGAUUUGAUGCAAAAGUUUAUUGAUGAUAAGCAAAUGAUCGAAGCUGACAAUAUUGCUGAUGCUGUGGUCUACGCAUUGUCGACGCCACCCCACGUGCAGAUUCAGGAACUUACAGUGAGGGCUGUGAUUGAACCUAAACUUACUGAUUUCAUACCAAAGAGUACAUAAUGUAUGUGUAAGUUCGUUAUAACUAAUUGUUAAAUAAAUAUUGCUAUUAGUCUA